AUGGAUUGGGAUCAAAAUAAUAAAAUAAAUGGGACCCCUCCCAUGUUAUGAUUGGGAGAAAUGCCAAAAAGGCAUUCUCAAUCAUCCCAACUCAUUCAAGCUCGGCCAUACCAUCAUCUUUGGGAAGAGAAGCUCUGAAAAUACUCCAUAGCAUCCACCAUUCACGCACCAAGAGCAAGGGAGGAAGAAGGAAGGAAGAAAGGGAAGAGAAAAGAGGAGUUUAGGUGGGAAAACUUGGGGUUAAUAAGGUACUUCAAGGACUUUCACGGAGUUGGAAGGGUCGCCGGAAUUGUCGCCGGAGUUCGUUGAAGUUCACCGGAGUUUCACCGGGGCUCAAUAAGAAAGGCUAGAACUUCAUAAACUUCUUUUAAGGUUAAGGCUUGAGACCUAAUCCUGCACCUUUGCCCAGGGUGAUCAUCAAUAAGGAAGACGUAGUUCGUGCUUCCAUUCUCAUUUAAAACAAUGUAAUUGCUCAUGGAUAUUUGAACAAGGUUUUCAGUCAAACUAUUAAAGGGUCUGCGUGCCCGUAUUUGCCACGUGUGGCUAAGUAUCAAACAUACUAUUUCCGCAAUUGUUUGAUUAUGAUAUUGAUGUUGAUUGUAUGUGUUUACUAAUCGGUUUGGCAAUAGAAUCUAUCGGACGCCUUGUAUGAUUUAAUAAGAAUGAACUACGUUGUUCUUAUUGGAUUGUAUGGCGGUUGUCUACGUGGCACGGACGCGGUCCGGGGCGUGACAAUUAAAUGGUAUCAGAGCCAUCGAUUUCUAAACUAUAUAAUUAACCUCUCAAUAUAGUAUCAUCAAAAAGUUUUGAACAAAACCAUGAGCAAAAGUUUUUGUACUUAAGGAACCGUUGGAAACCAAGUUAUUGACCUCUUAUUGUUAAGAUGGUACCCUUAACAGUUUGUUGGCCAUAACGUUGGACCAAGUGGUGUCUUUUGUACUAUUCCGUCAAUUGACGUUGAUACGAGUCUAACGGCUCAUUCCAAAUUUCUUUCAGAAAUGGAGGGUAGAGGCAUGGCUACGAGGAACAACCCGAGAGGGCAAACUCCGGUGACGUCCGAAGGGGCUAGCCAGGUUGCAUCUCGGGGCGCGAGAGGCGGUAGGAGAGGCCGUGGAGGCCGUGGAGGCCGUGGAGGCCGGGGAGGCCGUCGGGCUCAAACCGUGAGCGAUGGCCAUGUUAGCUCGGUGCACGGAACUCACACCGAGGAUUAUGACUCUACAUAUGUUCCCGAGACGGAACAUGAGGAGACCCCAUAUGAUGGGGGUGAUACGUACACCGAUGAUGACAACGAUGAGAGUGAUGCCAAGUUUGCCCAGAUGGGUGAAUUGUUUGAGUGGUAUCAAAAAGAGAAACUAAGAAGAGAUCUUAGGCGCCAAGCUAGGCGUGCUUCUCAGAGAAGUUCGGGUCAGGGAAGCCAGGGAGCUUCAGUGGCCAUUCCUGUGGCGACACAGGGGGUACAAGGAGGAGGUUUCUGUGUAAGAAUCUCCAAAUACCUCAAGGAGGCGAGGGCCUUGGGGUGUAAGUCAUUCGAUGGCAAGGGCGACAUAUCUGUGGCUGCCGACUGGAUCAAGAAACUAAAUGAGGCUGCUAGGGAUAUGCAGAUCGGGCUUGAUAUAAAGCUGACAGUUGCUACCAGGUUACUGGAGGGAGUAGCCGCGGUAUGGUGGGAAGGCGUGGAAGGAAAGUUCCACGGUGAGACCACCUGGGAGAAAUUUGAAGUGGAAUUCUAUAAUCAGUACUACUCAGAGUUCGAGAAGAACCAAAAGAGGAAGGAGUACAUGACCUUGGUACAAGAGGAGAGUUGCUCGGUGAGGCAAUUGGAGCAGAGGUUCCGGGACUUGGCACGAUACAUACCUGAGUACGCCAUGGAUGAGAACCGCAUGGCUAAUCACUUCUGGGAUACCCUACAGUUGGAUAUCCGUGAUAGGGCUACAUACAAUCAUCACAUGACGUUUAGUGAGAUUGUUGACCAGGGGCUCCUUGGGGAAGCCAAGUGGAACGAGAGAAAGAAGAGAGACGCCGAAGAGGCAAAGAAGAGGAGAUGGGGGAAUUCUGGACCCCAAGACCAUUCCCGGAAGCAUCAAGCCGGGAGUGGAAAUUCAUUUAGGGCGCCGGCUCCACCGGCAAAGAAGAGCAAGGGUCCAGGAGGGCAAGGGCACAGCUCGGGGAGCGUGAGGCCACAAAGGUGCCCAAACUGUAACAAGAACCAUGCGGGGAAAUGCAAUGCACCACCCCGGUGUUACAAGUGCGGUAGCACAAGUCACCUCAAACUGUCCUGCCCGAUGCUGAAUGAAGGGGGACCAUCGGGAGUCCCGGAAGGACCUACGUCUAGUAGGGGGCAUGCGGGACCAUCUCAAAGUGGCACGGGAAGGGGCGGACCCACGGCUAGUAACGCCGCGUCCGUUAACCAAGGGAGGACCCAAGCACGGGUAUAUGCAAUGACCGAGGCCGAUGCUCGGGCCAACCCGGACUCCAUUGCAGGUACUUCAAGGACUUUCACGGAGUUGGAAGGGUCGCCGGAAUUGUCGCCGGAGUUCGUUGAAGUUCACCGGAGUUUCACCGGGGCUCAAUAAGAAAGGCUAGAACUUCAUAAACUUCUUUUAAGGUUAAGGCUUGAGACCUAAUCCUGCACCUUUGCCCAGGGUGAUCAUCAAUAAGGAAGACGUGGUUCGUGCUUCCAUUCUCAUUUAAAACAAUGUAAUUGCUCAUGGAUAUUUGAACAAGGUUUUCAGUCAAACUAUUAAAGGGUCUGCGUGCCCGUAUUUGCCACGUGUGGCUAAGUAUCAAACAUACUAUUUCCGCAAUUGUUUGAUUAUGAUAUUGA